AUGUAUAUUGCUGGCAAUAAACCGCUGGAUAUGAAUGAAAACGAAACUCAAGAAAAAGUUGGACCUAAAAAUCGAAGAAUAAUGACGAAUUUACUAGGAGCUGCUUUUGUUGAUGAUGCCUCAGAUCCUCCUCCUCCUCCUCGUGGGGGUGACUUGAAUCACUUCAGCCAUCGUCAUCCAUUGCUGCGAUUACGCCUUGGGGAAAGUGAAGGAAUCAAAUGCAACUUUUGUGAUAUCAUCAUCUCUGGUCGGGCUUUUGCUUGCGAGCAUUGUGAUUAUUACCUUCAUGAGGUGUGUAGUAAGUUUCCUAGAGAAAUUCGCCAUGAUUUUCACCCCGGUUAUGACCACACUCUUGUUCUUAGGCCCUUUAAAUCCACCGCCCACGAGCAGUUUCAUUGCGCUGCUUGUGGCUAUGGUGAUGAUUCUGAUGAUUCCCUGUUUCAGUCAUACUAUUGCUGCGAGUCGUGCAAUUUCAAUCUUCAUGUCGAAUAUGCUUCUAUACCCAUAACCUUGUCCCGAAAAGUGAAAUACCAACUUCACCUGUUCCUUUCCUUUCCAAUAACCAGUGAGGCUGCUGCUCUCUCUUGCUCAAUUUGUUCUAAAGCAGUUCCUACGUCGGGUUACUGGGUAUUUUACAACCAUGAUCAUGAUUACUUGUGUCACUUCGACUGUGCUGCUGUAGCCGAAUAUGGAGUGGAGAAAGAUUCCAUGGGAAAACUUCAAAACCGGGUGCAAACUCUGGCGAUCACGAAUCGUCCUCCUGCUCGUCGAAGUCAGCCAUGUGGGGGCGUCACACAUUUCAGUCACCGCCAUGCUCUCUUGGAAUAUAACCCGGACAAGCCCCUGAGUUGCAGCUUGUGCAACAUUGAAGCUUUCACAGGCUACUUUUGCAGUGGUUGCAAUUACUUUAUUGAUAAGAUUUGCUUUUCCAUUCCAUCCAAGAUUCAACAUAUGUCUCAUCCUCAACACCCUCUUAAAUUUACUCGUUUCUUAGAUCUUGUGCAUGAGGAUCUCAAAUGUUCGGGCUGCCCUGCUGAUUUCAAAUAUCGUGGAAUGGCAUACUAUUGCGCCCCAUGUAAAUUUAGUAUUGAGUUUUAUUGUGCUGGAGCUCCCAAGACCUUGACCUUGGCGAAUAAUGUAUUUUACGAGCUCUUCUUUUCAUUCCCAUUCAAACACGAGAAUGCAGAGAUUGAGUGCAACUUGUGUUCUGAGAUAGUGUUGAUUAAAGACGGAUUGUUAUACUAUAAUCUGGAGCGUGAUGAAGCUUUGCACGUUUCUUGUGCCCUCAAAAAAGAAUCCGGAUUUGAUCAGGACAUGUUGGACAUGUUAUCUAUUCAGCGCUUAAAGGAAAUGAAGAUAGUUUGA